UGUCUUUUCUCUCUGUGUCUUCUCACUUUGCUUCACUUUCACCAUAUGUCUCCUCAUUGACGUCUGAUCCGCAGCAAAAUGAAAUUUGACAACUUACUUUCUGAAAUUAACGGAUUUGGAAAAUUCCAAGUCAAGCUGUUCUUGAUUCAGAUGCUCUCUCGAAUCACUCUGCCGUGCCAUUUUCUGCUAAACAACUUUAUGGGCGCUGUGCCCCCUCACCACUGCAACAUCAGCACCCUGGAAGAUGGAGGCAUCUUUGGAAAUUUGACUCCCCACCAGAAGCUGUUGGUUUCCAUUCCAACGGAGCAAGAUGGGACUCUUAGCUCAUGUCAGAUGUUUGCAAAGCCCCGAUAUGAGUAUCUAUCAGGCAACCGCAGUGAGGAGGCGUCCAUUGUUGAGUGUCAGAGUGGAUGGGUCUAUGACAACAGCACCUUUAAAUCUACCUUGGUAACUGAGUGGGAUCUUGUCUGCAGCAGAAAAGGGAUGAACAAAGCAACAGCAACAAUUUUCUUUAUCGGUGUCAUGAUUGGAGCCCCGCUCUUUGGGUUUCUCAGUGACAGGUUUGGGCGGCGACGACUGCUGCUGGCGGCUUACAUAUCCUCCUUGGCGUUUGCAGUUCUGAGUGCAUUCUCCACAUCUUAUGUAAUGUUCACCAUCAUGAGAUUGUUCACAGGAAUGUCCCUUGCAGGGAUAAGCAUUAUCGCCAUUGCUUUAAAUGUUGAAUGGUGCAGCAUUGAGCGCAGGACUUUCUCAAGUGUAAUCAUAAGUCUGGACUGGACCCUUGGGAACUGGCUUUUGACAGGGAUUGCUUUCUUUGUGAGGGACUGGAGGAUGCUCCUUGUGGUUGUUACUUCGCCACUGAUUUUGGCCAUCUUUACUUGGCGGUGGCUCCCGGAGUCUGCUAGGUGGCUUUUGGCAAAGAAAAAUGCAGAAGCUGCGCAUCAUUACAUUGCAAAAUGCGCUGAGACAAACAACAGGUCCAAGUGUAUCGCUACCAUCACGCCAAAGACAUUACUGGAAUCUGCAGAAGUUGAUACUGGAGAUAAGAAGUACACUGUUGUUGAUCUGUUCAGGACCCCAAAUAUAAGAAAAGUUGCGAUAUGCUCAGGGAUCGUAUGGUAUGGAGUUGCAUUUACCUAUUAUGGAAUAAGUCUAAACAUUACAGGGUUUGGACUAAAUCCAUUCCUCACACAAUUCAUCUUCGCUUCAAUCGAAAUGCCGAUGAAGAUUGGCGUCUAUUUCUCCUUGGAGAAAAUUGGUCGAAGGCGCUGUGAGAUGGCAGCCCUGCUGUCUGUGGGAGUCUGUCUAUUCACCAAUAUUUUUGUUUCAAAAGAUAAGUGGAUUAUUCGGACCAUUGUGGCCGUCCUGGGAAAAUCCAUGUCAGAGGCUUCAUUCACCAUAAUAUUCCUUUACACAAUUGAACUUUAUCCUACAGUAGUGCGGCAAAAUGGUCUAGGCUACACCUCGUUUGUGGCACGGCUGGGCGUGUCCAUCUCCCCGCUUGUUAUGCUGUUGGAAGACGUGUGGCAGUUCCUCCCCGCCGCCACUUACUGUGCUGUGGCGGUUAGCUCCGGUUUGGUUGCUUCACUCCUGCCUGAAACAUUAAACACCCAGCUGCCAGAGUUCAUAGAAGACAUUGAGAAACCCAGGAACAAGUCAACACGGAAGAUGGUCAUUCAGUAAAAAG